AUGAACGAGUGGAUGGAGGUGAACGGCUCCUUUCAGGAUAAGGAUUCAUUGGCCCAAGGCACGGUCCCUAACUUUAAGACGAAACGGAAACGAGCAAACCAGAAGGAGGGAGGAAUGCUCGAGCUGGCGUGCGGCUACAUUUACCCCGGGAUGAUGGCCGACGAGAACAAACGCCAGCUUGUCCGCCGUCACUUCCAGUCAUUCUUUGCACGUCCGAUCCUCCUGCACUACAAUAUGGAACCGAUUACGACCGAGGCCGGAACACCAGACAUCCAGAAGACCGAUCGAUACGCCUCGUUCGUGCCGAUGCCCACCGAGCCCGCGGGCCACCACCGCCGCCACCACUGCCACCACUCCUGGAGCUCCCGCAAGGACUCCGCCAAGAGAACCGGCAGCGUCGUGGCCCGAAAGCGCCACAAGGGCCCAGUGGCUAUCUGGCCUGUUGUCGCCCCGAUGAGAAUAACAUCGAUGUCAACGCCAAAAACGAGGAUGGGUUGA